GCCCGGAGCCACUCGCCGCCCGCCCGUCCCCGGCGGCGGCUGGGGGCCGGAGCCAGAGCCCUGCCCCUCGCCAAGUGGCUUGGCCGGCUGGGACUCGCCCCCGGGCUGCAGAGUUCCCCGCUGGGCGCUGGAAGGGGCUCGGAGGCGGCUCCCUGCACCGGAGCCUCCCGUCCCGGCUGAGCAGCGGCGCCGGGGAGCGCGCCAGGCAGGGCGCAGCAGCCCGGGCGAUGCCCGCCGCCGGGCGCCCUGCAGCCGGAGGCCGCCUGCCCUGAGCCCCUAUGGAGCCCAACCUCACCGCCGGCGGGGCAGGCAACGCGUCCGGCCGGGCGGCGGGCUCGGGCGGCGGCGGCGAGCUGCUCAUCGCCUUCGGCGCGGUGCUGUCCUGCAUGUGCGUGGCCGGGGUGGCGGGGAACGUGUACACCCUGGCGGUGAUGUGCCACUCGGCGCGCGGCGCCGCCCCCAUGUACAGCUCCAUCAUCAGCCUGGCGCUGGCCGACCUGCUCUACCUCUCCACCAUCCCCUUCAUCGUCUGCACCUACCUGGCGCAGGACUGGUACUUCGGGGACCUGGGCUGCCGCGUCCUGCUCAGCCUGGACCUGCUCACCAUGCACGCCAGCAUCUUCACCCUCACCCUCAUGUGCGCCGAGCGCUACCUGGCCGUCACCCGGCCCCUGGGCAGCCUCACGCGCUCCCGGGGCUACCGCAAAGCCACGGCCGGCGCCGUGUGGUCCGUCUCCCUGCUGCUCACCCUGCCCAUGAUGCUGAUGGUCACGCUGACCGAGGCGGGCCAGGCCGGGGGCAAGGUGAAGCGGAUGUGCGCCCCGACCUGGAGCGCCGACGCCUACCGGACCUACCUGACCGUGCUCUUCAGCACCAGCAUCAUGGCCCCGGGGGUGAUCAUCGGCUACCUGUACGCGCGCCUGGCCAGGACCUACCUGGAGUCCCAGAGGAACCCGCCCCACAAGGAGGGCAAGAGGUCCCCCCGGCAGAAGGUGCUGAUCAUGGUCUUCAGCAUCGUGCUGGUCUUCUGGGCUUGCUUCCUGCCCUUCUGGGUCUGGCAGCUGGUGCGCCUCUACCACAGCUCCCUGCAGUUGACUUCUGAGACCCAAAAGUGCAUUAACUACCUGGUGACCUGCCUGACCUACAGCAACAGCUGCAUCAACCCCUUCCUCUACACCCUGCUCACCAAGAACUACCGGGAGUACCUGCGCAACAGGCACCGCAGCUUCCACCGCUUCACCUCCUCCUUCCGCAAGCGGAGCUCCAACCUGCAGCGCUCCUGGGGAAGGGCCAUGUCCUCCAGCAACCAGUAUGACUACGCCUCGGAGUCCCUGGGCAUGGCCACGCUGAAGGACAAGUGAGGAGGGAGAGGGGCUCCAGACACGUGGGAACCAGAGGAAUGUCUGUCCAAGGUAAGGCUUAAGGGCCCCAUAAAGCCAAGGUACCGCGGGGAACUGGCUCUCUGGGUACUUCCUUUACAUCUUGGGCAAACUCCUUCCAAGCUUUGUCUAGCUCCCGCUCCGCACUUGUUUUACUUUGAUUCCGUGGUACUACAAUGAUGCCCAGGCUCGAGGACUAGAAACCUGGCAGUCUGAAAUCUCCCUUGUCCGGUCCAUAGUACUGUUAACUGUUCAGAAUGUGUCUCAGGAAACUUUGAAAGACCCUUUCCUAUUUCAUCUUAAACUUGAACUCUCUUGUAUACAGUAGAGUGUUCUGCACUUUGAUCAAACUCUUCUCAGAAGUGGGGAAAGGCUGUAUGGGUACAUUCAUUGUGGCGAUGCGGCCAACCCCAGGCAUGACAAACUCAUGGGCCAAGCCCUCUGGCAUCAUGAGAUUGUCUUAAAAAUCAGGUGAAAUUGAAUGAGAGAACAUUUGGGGUUCUUUUUAUUGGCCUCCUGGUUGUUGCUGCUGUUGGGUUUUGUUUUUUGUUUUCUUCCUUAGGGAUUGGAUUUUCAAGCUUUUCUAUGUAAUCAUGAGAGCUAGAAACUUUUUUUUUUUUUUUUUUUUAAAGAAAGCUGGGAUUCUCUAAAUACCUAACUCCAUGAGCCUGGGCUUUUAAAAACCCCCACUAAAUAUUGUGAGACUCGUGAUAAAACGGUGACAGUUGGUGACACAGUUGUGGGGGACAUGCAUCAGAACAAUGUUCAUGCCAGAAUCUCCUUGCAGUCUGCACCAGUCUCUUUUAAGAGCAAGAUGAGGAACUUAAUGAAUUAAAUGCCAUGCUGGUAUUGUUUCCUGAUUGUGUGAUUCAACAACUAGAAAUUGCUCUGCUCCCUUGAGCCUUUCUACUGCAUUUUCUAGGGAAAAGAGGGAUGAUUAGGUCAGAAAUUGACAUAAUAGGCCAAAUUAAUUACUGAUGUAACUCCACAGAAGUCACUUUGGCUCAGUAUAAACUACUCAUUAUUGUUCUUCCACCUAACAUCUAAUAGCAAACCUUCAGCACACCCAUUUCAAAAAUAUGUUUGUAGCCUUUUUUUUAAAGGGUAAAACCUCAAUUCAGACAAGAUUAUUAAGAAGCAAUGGAUCAUCAAUGGUUUUACCCUCAGUCGACUGAUCUCUUCUUCACUCAGCACAAGGGUCUGUAAUUAUGAGAACCAAAGACACUGAUCCUUGGCUGCCACAGUCAGGGCUGAUGAGAGGCUGGGAAAGGGGGGACAAUUGUACCAGGAUCCCAAGCACAGGUCACCACCCAAAAUGUCUAACUGGGAUGAAAUGGGAGGGGUUGAGGCCCCAGAGAACAUGAUAUACCAGGGCCCCAAAUUUCUCUCAGCAGGCCUGCUCCUAGUGUAACAUGGAGUGGAGGAGUGGGGACAAAGAUAGCUUUAAGCUAUCACUGUUUCAGCCUGUACUUUACCGUAUCGUGCAGACUAGCUAGCUAACUAAAGUGUCAUCGAAUGAUAGCAUUUAAGCCCAGAAGGGACCACUCUAGUCUGACCUCUUGUACAUCACAGGCCACCAGCACCGCCCAGAGAAUAGAAGGGAUCAAGGUCCACCAGUGUCUAAGGCUCCUGCCGUGGCAGGGAAAUGAUUGAGAUAUACUCAGAUAAUCCUGAUAAAUGACCCAUAUGCUGCAAAGGAAAGCAAAAAAAACAAAAACAAAACAAAAAAAAACCUAGGUCACUGCCAAUCUGACCUGGGGGAAAAUUCCUUCACAACCCCAUAUAUGGGGAUCAGUAACACCCUGAGCAUGUGAGCAACAAGCAGCCAAACACCUGAGUGAGAGAGAGAGUGUGCUCAGUGCCACCGCAGCGUCCUGGCCCAA